AUGUUCAAGCCAAAGAGGACUGUGGCAGUGCUGCGACACCAGGACUCCUACGACUCGCGAAGGCCAGUGGAAGAUGCUCCUGUCGUCGCAGCGCUGCGGCCCGGGACACGUUUUGUCAGUCUUAGCGUCCUAGCGCCCGAGUUUGAGAUGUGGAAUCAGGUGGAAGUGGUGGGUGCCAUUAACAUGGGGAGGGCCUACUCUGUUCGUGUUGAGGCCUGCGGGUUUCUGCGCGCCCAGCUAGGUGAGGUCAAGGUCUUAAGGUAUUCCUUCAAACUCCAAGCUGGGAGGCUCCAAGAGCAGAUUCAGGCGCCGGCGAGCGCUUCGCCAGGCCUACAAGGCACUCCUCAAAGGAGCCAUCGCUUGUCUGGGACGCCUGAGGCGAGUGGCUCACGGAAGCGGGCUCCAAAGACGCCGUCCCGUCGGGACCUGGUCCUCACUGACAGCUGGGAGUCCAGAGAAGCGACACGAAAAAUGAUGUACUCCGACUUAUAUCCGGAGGACAUCGCUGUGAACAUGCAGAGGCGCACAACUCCCAAGAAGCCGCAACUCGGCUGA